AUGCCACUAUUUUCAGCACCCGACAUAGACGCUCCCGUCCUAUCUCAGUUCUCCCUUAAGAACAAGAUCGCCAUCGUGACCGGCGGCUCUCGAGGCAUCGGUCUAGAAGUUGUCCGCGGCCUAGCAGAAGCAGGAGCAGACGUAGCAUUCAUCUACAAAAGCAGUCCCUCCAGCGCCUCCACGGCCUCGGAAAUCUCCCAGCAGACCGGCGUGCGCGUGCAAGCCUACCAAGGCGAUGUCUCGGACCGGAAAGCCAUCAUGAGCACCAUCGCGCGCAUCGUGCAGGAGUUCGGGCACGGGCGUCUGGACAUCAUGGUCGCGAACGCGGGGGUGUGUUCGAGCGUCGCCGCGUCAGAGUACGAUGAGGAGACGUGGAGAGAGAUUAACAGUGUGAAUUACGAUGGUGUCAUGUGGACAGCGCAGGCGGCGGGGAAGGUGUUCAGGGAGCAGGGGAGAGGCAGUUUGAUCAUCACCGCGUCGGUCAGCGCGCUGCUUAUUAAUGUGCCGCAGACGCAGGCCGCGUAUAAUGCGUCCAAGGCCGCCGUGCUGCAGCUAGCUAAGGGGCUUGCUGUUGAGUGGGCGGGCUUUGCUAGGGUCAAUUGCGUGUCGCCCGGGUAUAUUUUGACUGAAAGUAAGUUUGGUGACCCUUUCUUGUCUAACCUUCUCUUCUUUUAUCUUAUACCGAUCCCAUUUUUUGUGGAAGGAAUGGAAGCUUAUAUGAUAUACUAUGUAGUGGUGUUGAAACAACCCAAAGAGCGUAUGGACAUAUGGCUUGCUCAAAUACCCGGAAGAAGACUUUGCAAACCGCAGGAACUAAAAGGGGCUUAUGUGUUUCUUGCCAGCGAUGCAUGUUGUUAUAUGACGGGUGCAAACCUUGUAAUCGAUGGUGCUUUUAGCAUACCGUGA